UGCUUGGUGUUUCACCUGCGAUUUCAAUUUCAGUUUGUUUAGUUCAAUAUUUUUACACACUGUGCCUGGAAACCUUAUCUGAUCAUCGUGUUUUUGAGGAUCGAAGUUCCUUUGUUAUUGUCAAGUUUAACAAGGACUUCGGUGAUCAUGUCUUCUGAAUGGGACUGGUUUUGUGGUGUGAACUACACUCUUAAUUCUGGCACAGGAUUGAACAACUCGUGUUUAAUCAACGGCAUCAUCGUAGUCCCACAGCUAGUUUUCGUCGUUAUUUCAUCCCUCAUCCUCAUUUUCCUCGCCGUCUGCUCUACCUCUGAGCGACAAAGCAGCUCCAAGUAUCUCUUGCGUCUCCCAGGCCACACCCCAAGAUGGCUUCUGACCUACGUCCUUCUGGUCCUAACACUCUCCUUCUUAGCAGAAGGUAUUCUGACCAACGAUACCUACCUCGCCAACUCCUUACCACAUCAACCACAUCUCUAUGUUGUAGGGGUGACGAUGUUUAUUGGGGCAAUACUAUCCAUUGUUUAUUACCACAUGAUGGAAAAAUGGCGUGAACGUCACAUGGUUUGGCUUCUUGUCGUGUACUGGAUGGUAUCAUUGCUGUCAAUGAUCGUUUACAUGAUUCAUAUUGUAAAUAUCGGAGAGGCAGAAUGGACAAGACUUAGAUUUGACUUGGCACUCGGGCUUAUCUUUCUGAUGACCAUGAUGGUCAUUAUCGAGACAGUACUGUGUACUAUCAUGAUGUGUGGCGCAUGCGUGGAUUUUCAAAGUUAUCCGGCUGACACAAAAAAGGAGAAUAUGAACUUCUUCCAUGACUAUGCAGCCUUGCCUUCGUCUUUGACAUAUUGGUGGAUGGACUGGCUCUUUACACUGGGUUACAGAAAACCGAUUGAACCAAGUGAUCUAGGCAGUAUUCCUGACAAGCAUACAUCAGAUGCCAUCCAUGCAGCAUUCAAGAAGAACUACCUUAAAGAGAAGAACAGAGCGCAUUUAAACGGACAGAACGCCAACCUCUGGCGCGUAUACCUUCGAACAUACGGACUUCGUAUGGCGAUAGCAGGCAUGUUCAAACUCACCGCCGACAUGUUACAGUUUGUCGGACCACUAUGUAUUAGUGGAAUAGUCAACUAUGUCACAGAUGCACUUUACGUCACACCCGGUGAAAUGAAGAUGAUCCCUAGUCCUCACCAUGUGACUGUGACGGAGUUCCUGGCCAAUGGGUAUGUCCUGGUAGGCUGCAUCACAGUAUCAGCAUUUGCAAGGCACACCUUUGAUCAGACAUAUUACUUCUGGACCGCAGUAGAAGGAGUUCAUAUAAAGUCUGCUAUCCAGAGUUUGGUGUACGAAAAGUCCCUCAGACUGUCAACAUAUGCCAUGUCAGGUGGUAUGAUGUCAAUGGGACAGGUGACCAAUCACAUGUCUGUAGAUGCAACCAAUCUUCAAUUCUUCUUCAACUUCUGCAAUGAGCUUUGGAUAAUACCAAUAAGGAUUGCACUCACACUUGUUCUACUCUACAUGCAGCUAGGUGCCCCAUCCCUGAUAGGUUCUUCUUUGUUCUUCAUUGUAAUACCAAUUCAAAUAUUUAUAGCAACAGCAACUGCACGAUUUACAAAAGAAGUGUUGAUUCGCUCCGAUAAACGAUUGAAAAGUUCUAAUGAGUUACUAGAAGGUAUCAAGGUACUAAAGCUCUACGGAUGGGAACGAUUGUUUGAAGAAGGCAUCAAGAAGUUGAGAGCAUAUGAGCUCGACAAACUUUUUCAAGUUUAUUCACUAUCAGCAUUAAAUUUUGUGACGAAUUCGGGAACUCCUAUCCUUGUAAACUUACUGUCGUUCACUACGUACACAGCUAUAACGGGAAAUGUUUUAGCUCCAGACGUAGCAUUUUCCUCGCUCUCUUUCUUUAACAACCUGACAUCGCCUAUGUUUAUAUUCCCCUACGUCAUAAGUCUUUGUGUGAACGCUCACGUGAGCACCAAGAGGCUUCAGGCUUACUUCAGUGGACCGGAAGUUGAAGGUAGUCUCCUCAAUGAUUUGCCCAAUGGUAGUACAAAUUAUGAUCAGAUGUCUGUGUCAGUCCGACGCUGUCGUUCAAAGGAUCAGACGAAUUCCAAGGAGGACGAGCUUGAAAUUGAAUCUUCUGGGCUGCUGGAUAGCCAUGGAAACGGUGGAUCGAAUUACGGAUCAAUGCAAAAGUCGGCAUCCUCAUUGCCAUCUGAUGUUGCCAUUAGGAUAACUAACGGAAGUUAUACUUGGGAUCCGUAUUCCCCAGCACCUAUCAUUAGAGAUCUCAAUAUUGACAUUCCGGCAGGUCAACUUACAGUGGUGAUAGGAACUGUUGGAAGUGGCAAAUCCUCCUUGUUACAAGCUAUAAUGGGAGAGAUGACGACACUGAGUGGCAAUAUCAAAAUCAGGGAAGGAUCAAAAACUGCUUUUAGUCCCCAGAAGGCGUGGUUAAUCAAUGCAACACUGAAGGAAAACAUAUUAUUUGGAACUGAAAAUGAUAAAACCAAGUACCAGAAAGUCGUAGAUGCAUGUGCUCUUGGUCCAGAUAUCGCGAUGUUACCUGGAGGAGAUCAUACAGAGAUUGGUGAGAAAGGUAUCAACCUGAGUGGUGGGCAGAAACAGCGAGUCAGUGUAGCUCGGACCAUGUAUUCUGACAGAGAUAUCGUCAUAUUGGACGAUCCUUUGUCAGCCCUCGACAUGCAUGUCGGAGCUCAUCUCUUCGAGAAUGGUAUUCUCAAGAUUCUCAAGAAACAGAAACGAACCAUUAUCCUCGUCACCCAUCAAUUACAGUAUUUACCAGAGGCUGAUAAGAUCAUCGUUAUGAAGGAUGGUCAGAUUGAACUCCAGGGUGACCCGGAAGAAAUUGCCAAGGCUGACCCUUCACUGUGUGCUGAUUGGCAGAGAGCUCUGCGGGUAUUUAGUGAAUCAGAGGCUGAGUUAUCGGGAAAUGAAUCGGAAGCUCUUCAGGAGGAGAGGUUAUCACUCAAGAAACAAGUCGCUAGGUUACAACAGACUUCGAUUUUAUCCACAGAGUCGUCCCAAAAUGAAAAUGCCGAGACGGAAAAGGGGCGACUCAUAGUGAAAGAAGAUCAAGAGACAGGAUCGGUAGAUUCCCGAAUCUACUUCUACUACUUUAAAUCAAUGAAUUACUGGGUUACAUUGGGUAUCUUAGUGACGGUGGCAGCAAGGGCAGGUACCCAGAUUGGUAGUAAUUUCUUUCUUGCCGAUUGGUCUGAGAUUAGCGUUACUACUAACGAUACACAGGAAAUCCUAGACCAGACGAAUUUUUACAUCACAUAUUACAGCGUGUUGUCAGCUUUGACCAUUCUCAUGAGGAUCUUUUCCAUCAUCUUCAUUACUGCUGGAGCUUACCUUGCUGCUAAGUCACUUCAUAUCAAGAUGCUUGAUAAUAUAAUCUCUAUACCGAUGAGGUUCUUCGAUACAACACCAACUGGAAGAUUCAUGAAUAGGUUGUCAUUUGAUACCCAGAUGAUUGAUCAGAGGAUUAUUCAGAGUAUAAGGAUGUUCAUCAAUACAUUGUCGAUGGUUUUAUCGUCUUUGAUUGUCAACAUCGCUGUCAACAUCUACUUCAUUAUCUUUGUCAUCCCAACCGUCAUCACCUUCAUCGUACUGCUUGUUUACUACUUGACAACGUCAAGAGAGCUCCAGCGUUGUGAAAGUGUUACACGAUCACCAAUCUUCGCUCAUUUCUCAGAGACCCUUGGAGGACUGUCCACAAUCAGAGCAUAUCAGGACGAGAAGAGAUUCUUCAAGAUUUCUCAAGAAAGAAUCUUGGUCAACAACAGAGUGUUUCUCUACCUUGUAGCAGCUCAGAGAUGGGUUGCUAUAAGACUUGACUACCUCGGAGCGCUAAUAGUAACAGUCUCCAGCCUAACUGUCCUGAUAGGGGCGUUUUAUCUUGGUAUUGAUGUGAGCUACGUGGGACUAGCCAUAUCAUAUUCACUUGAGAUUGCGCUAUACUUAAACCGAAACGUAAGGGCAGCUGCUGACAUUGAACUACAAAUGAAUGCGGUAGAAAGAGUGCAGUACUAUAUAGACGUACCUUCAGAAGAUUAUACAGGUGACGAUCCUCCUGAUGAGUGGCCAACAGAGGGUAAGAUUGAAGUAGACAACAUACACGUCAGGUAUGGAGAAGAACUAGAUACGGUGCUGAAAGGACUAUCUCUGUCUAUCCCUGCUCAGUCAAAGAUCGGUAUAUGUGGACGUACUGGGAGUGGCAAGUCCUCUUUGACUCUCGCACUCUUUCGAAUGAUACAAACCUGUAAAGGCCGCAUCAUCGUCGACGGAAUCGACAUCGCUACCGUUCCUCUCCGCACACUUCGACAGCGACUUUCCAUUAUCCCACAAGAUGCCUUCCUCUUUACGGGAACUAUCAGGAAUAAUUUGGAUCCAACUAGUGUAAAGGGCGAUACAGACUUAUGGCAAGCUCUUGAGAUUGCGCAACUGAAAGAUGUAGUACAACAGUUAGACGGUGGUUUAGAUUACGAAGUAACUGAAGGAGGUGAUAACUUCAGCGUAGGUCAGCGUCAACUGUUUUGCCUUGCACGAGCUUUCCUGAGAAACUCCAGGAUAGUGAUCAUGGAUGAAGCUACUGCAUCGAUAGAUCAAGAAACGGAUAGUAUACUUCAAGAUGCAGUGGCUGAUAUAUUUCAAGAUCGAACUGUCCUCACAAUAGCGCAUCGUGUUGGAACAAUUCUUGACUCCGAUACCAUCCUGACUCUUCAAGAGGGCAAGAUAAUUGAGUUUGACUCUCCCACCGUGCUUCUAGAAAGUGAACACAGUGUGUUUGCAUCGCUGGUAAAAGCCGGGAAAUGAUGUAAUCAGGGCGUGAUGUACAACUUGCAGUGGAAGAGGAUACACAAAGGGCUACUUGAUUUAAUUAGAAUGUGAAAUACGGUAUAUGACGAAAAUUGAUACUCGUUCUUGUAGGAAUAGAGACACUUUCAUUUGGAAAUGUUAUGAAAUCGAUGACUUAUUCACCGACUUGCAGGUUUUCUUACGUUUUUCUAGGAGAAACGGGUCGGGUUUAUGAUCAAACAGUGUCGCCACGCAUCGCGAGAAUCGUACACUGAACUGAAAUUUAUCUAAGAUAUAAGCACCGAAGAACUAGACGGAAUUUCGUCACAGUUUUAUGGUUUAUUAUAUGAAUGUGUAAUUUG